AGGAGGGCGUGGCCUGUUAGCGGGAGCCGCUGGGCUGCUGAGUGACGCCUCAGUGUGUCGUUAGGACCCGGACUGGACGCUCCGUGCCGCGGUCCUCGUCUCUCUCUCUCUCUCUCUCGGUGGAUUUAUAUCGGACCCGGUUCGCGGGCUGGAGCAGGAUUUUCCCGCCGGUUUGGUCCCAUUUUGUGGAACUAAGCGGAGCUGUUGUGGAUUACUGUGAGUGAGUGUUGGACGGAGACGGAGUCCGGGUCCCGGCGCGCCUCUGUCUCUGAGGACACCAGAGAGGAAAGAUUUAAAGACAGAGGAGUUAAUCAGGACUGGAACAAACAUUAGGAGUCUGGACUUCUUCUCCUCCUGGAUUUGGACAUUUCUCGCUCGCUGAUUGGCUCUCCUGUGGAGCUGCUUGUGAUUGGAUGAUCCUGGAUUCAAGGACGUCUGAGGGGGUCCACCCCCGCCUCCUGACUUCCUCUUCACUUCUCGGACCACGGUGAGAACUUCCUGGACUGUCACUGCUGUCACCUGAUUGGCUGGAGGCUUCACCUGUCCGUCACAGCAGAUUUUCAGACUCCGACGCCCACCAUGACCUGCUGACAUCAUCACCCCCGCUCCCCCUUUGCAGUCCCCCCCUCCCAUCCUCUCUCUCCAUAAACAAAAAUGGCCCCGACUGAUUGGCUGUCACCGUGGCGACCGCCGCCACUGAUGCUAAUGCUGCUGCUGCUCGUCCUCUCUUUCUGUUUCCUGUCUGAGUCGGCCUCGACCACGCCCUUCCCUAAAGACCUGGAGCCAAUCAACACGGUCGACUCGGAGCAGUCGUACCAGUAUCCAGGGUUUCAGGGUUUGCUUCAGGACAACGACACGCUGCGUCUAGGCCUGGACUUUCAGAGGAUGUUACGCAUCAACCACAUGUUGUACAUCGCUGCCAGAGAUCACGUGUUUGCAGUGAACCUGACGACAGCUUCAGAGGAGUUCGUACCUCAGCUGAAGCUGACGUGGAAAUCCAAAGACGUCAGCAAGUGCACGGUCAGAGGGAAGAACAGCGACGAGUGUUACAACUAUGUUAAAGUCCUGGUGCCCAGAAACGACGAGACACUGUUCGCCUGUGCCAACGCUUUCAACCCCACCUGCCGAAACUACAGGAUGACCUCUUUGGAGCAGGUUGGCGAGGAGGUGGUCGGCCAGGCUCGGUGUCCAUUUGAGUCUGGUCAGUCCAAUGUCGGACUGUUUGCAGGAGGAGACUUCUACUCGGCCACCAUGACGGACUUCCUGGCCAGUGACGCCGUCAUCUACAGGAGCCUGGGAGAUGGACGACCUGUCCUCAGGACCGUCAAGUACGACUCCAAGUGGCUACGAGAGCCUCAUUUCCUGCACGCCAUCGACUACGGCAACUACGUCUACUUUUUCCUCAGUGAGAUCGCAGUGGAGUACACCACCCUGGGCAAGGUGGUGUUUUCUCGGGUCGCCCGGGUGUGUAAGAACGAUAACGGUGGAUCUCCCAGAGUCCUGGAGAGAUACUGGACCUCCUUCCUCAAGGCUCGUCUCAACUGUUCGGUUCCUGGAGAUUCCUUCUUCUACUUCGACGUUCUUCAGUCUCUCACCAACGUGCUGCAGAUCAACCAGAGACCUGCUGUGGUCGGGGUCUUCACCACUCAGGCCAACAGUAUCCCCGGCUCUGCAGUUUGUGCUUUCUACAUGGACGACAUAGAGAAAGUCUUCAACGGGAAGUUUAAGGAACAGCGGACCAGUGACUCAUCCUGGACUCCGGUACCUGACGAGCAGGUUCCCAGACCGAGACCUGGUAUGUGUGCUGGUGACGGUCCAGCUGCAGAGUACAAGUCGUCGGUUCAGUUUCCAGAUGAGACGCUGACGUUCAUCAAGUCGUAUCCUCUGAUGGACGAAGCUGUUCCCUCCGUCAAUGACCGGCCCUGCUUCACCAGGACCUCCAGCAGGUCCAAGCUGACCCAGAUUGUGGUGGAUGUCUCGGCUGGUCCCUACAAAGACCGGACGGUGAUGUUCCUGGGCUCAGACGACGGUCGAGUCCUGAAAGUUUUGGCCAGCACGCAUCCCAACGACAGCUUCGGAUCCAAGCUGCUGGAGGACAUUGACGUUUACAACCCGUCCAAAUGUAACGUUCAGGGUCAGGAGGACAGGAGAGUUCUGGGACUGGAGCUGGAUAAGGACCACCACGCUUUGUUUGUUGCCUUCACCAGCUGUGUCAUCAGAGUACCGCUCAGCCGCUGCACCCAACACGGAGCCUGUAAAAAAGCCUGUUUGGCUUCUCGUGACCCAUACUGCAUCUGGCUUCGGACCGGGAGUUGUGCCAACAUGGCGCCGGGUUUCAAGGCAGGGUUUGAACAGGAUAUUGAGGGCGACCACUCGUUUCACCCAGACAGCUGCCACGCUGAUGUCUUGGCGACGACACGAAACCAGGAGUCUGGAGCCGAUUCUGCCUACGGUGUCCGUCGUCUCCCGGAGAUGGACCAGCGAGCCGGCGCUAACGUCCACUACACCCUGCUGAUCGCCUGUGUGCUGGUGGCUUUCUUCCUGGGUGCCAUCUUGUCUGGCUUCCUGGUGUCGUGCUACUGCAGCCGCAGUGCCGCCCACCGGGCGAGGCGGCUGGGGAAAGACCCUGAGGCGUCGCUGCCCCACGCUCUGUCGCUGCGAUCCCUCGCCAAGCUCAACGGGCUGCUGGACGGACAGCCCAAGGAGGACAAACUGGACGUGUCCACUCCAAAGAUGUACAGCUCCUUCAUCCCCAACGGCCGGGCCUCACCUCACCUCCACACCCCCGGUCAUCAGGGCCUGCCACUGGGAGACCCUGACCUCAGCCUCUCCCAGGCUGAUGGAGAGCUGUCCGGCCUGCCCACGCCCGACUCCACCCCCGAGCUCCCCAUCAAGAACAUGAAGGCCCUGCGGCACCAUCAGUAUGAGAAGAACCAGAACUGCAACAACGCCAAGGACAACCCCAAGCCUGGGCCCAGCUGCUCUGGAUCCAGUCUGGGUUUCAUGGCUGUCGUCGGGAACUCUUUGACCCAGCAGGUGUUUCCCUACUCUCAUCACCAUGGCAGCAGUCUGAGCAACGGGGCAGCACACGGAGCAGGCGCUUCUUCAACUUCGUUGCACCUACCAGAGGAGAGGAAGAUCUCGAAUGACGAGCGAGCAGCAGCAGCAGGUGGAGGAGCAGGAGGCGGAGGAGCAGGAGGCGGAGGAGGAGGAGUCCCCCAUCAUCACCACUCCCAGCAGUCCCUGCCUCAGACGGUGGUGGAUGUGUCGGCGCUGGACGAGCUACUCAAACACAUCCACGAGGUCAGUGCGUCAGGGACUGGAGGCAUCAAGGUCCUCACCUCCACCUCCUCGUCCUCCCUGUUCCCCGGGCCGUCCUCAUCCUCUUCCGGCGGGCACCAUCACCACCACCAUCAUCACCACAGUCACCAAGGCCAGACGCGCACCCACCACUACAACCACAGCCAUCACCAUAGCAACCACCACAACAACAAUGGUGGCGGCGGCAGCGGUCACCAUCACCAGCAGCAGAUCCCCGAGACUGAAUCAGCUCCGUACUACAGCACCUCCACGCUGCCGAGGGAUGGCCUCCCCAAACGCCUGGACACACCCGCUCAGAACUCCGCCUCCUCUUUCACCACCUCCUCCUCUUCCUCCUCCUCCUCCUCCAACAACCCCACCUCCUCCACCUCCGUCCCAUCCUCCUCCUCUUCUUCCUCCUCCACUCCGCUCCAGCAGCAGGUGAUCCCAGAGAGACCCGGAGGUAGCGGUGUCUCCGUGACGCGCCACCACUCCCAGCGCCACUCCCUGAUCAAGAUGGGCAGCGGCGGCGGCGGUGCUGUGCCUCGCCACCACAGCUUCAACCAGCGGGGGGCGCAGCACGCACACUUUCUAGCCCGGAUGAACACCAACAGCAGCAGCAACGGCCCCCCCGCUGCGAACGAGGGGGUCGAUGCAAACACCAGUACCAACGCUGAGAGCCAGCGGCCAUCAAUUGCCAGCGCCUGCCUGACACGGCAGCACAGUUACAGCGAAGGGCCACAUGUGCAGAGGGCGGCCAUCAUCCGGAGGACGGCAUCGCUCAAACCCCAAGUCCCGCCAAAACCCUUGUUCCUGCCAAACACAGCGACAUCACCGGUAGCAGAGGCAGGGAAGUACAACUACUGAGACUGUAGGAGGAAGUGGCGUCACUCCAACAUGGCUGCUGCCUUCCUCACAGAGUAAAACACCCUGAAACGCCUGCAGGGCAUGUGACAAAUGACAAAAUGAGAACAUUGAUGGGAUGGAGUGACACGAGAGAGACUUCAGAGCUUUUUGUCCCCAUCACUCGUCAUUCCGACCCUUCAGUUGUGGUUAUUUUCCUGCUGCUGAGAGUCACGACCGCUGCAUUGUAGCCGCCUCGCCCGCAGAGCUGGGCCCCAAACAGAGCCGAGCACACAGACACUCUGAGGAGACUCUGACUCAUUCCUCGGGGUGGUCGGGGGGCCGCUCGUGGCGACUUUCCCUCCUCACGACACAGAACAGAAACCAGCUCAGAUGAGAACUGAAGCUGAGAAACAUUCCAAAAGCAGGGCGAAAGAUGUUAAUGAUUCAAAAGCAGUCCCCAAGGCUCGAGGUGGCCUGAAAAAUCCCUGAUUAAUGCAGUUUUCUUACGAGUGCUUUGAUCUAAUGUCCCCAGUUGUUGCACCUCGGCACGGGGCCCAGAUUUCAUUUGCAAAAGAUUCACAAAAGCAGCGAGUGGGACUGCUGCUGCAGACCUGACGUGAACUGAAUCUGGGACCGUCGAGACAUUUCUCCAGGACUCAGAAUUAAACAAAGGCAUUUCUCUGCACAGGAGAAAUCAAACAAAAAUCAUAUUUAAAGAAACACCCAGAGGGUAAUUCCUUUCUUUGCUUUGUCCCCCCGAGUCUGGAGAAGGUUAUUCACCUUCUCUGUGAAAAAAACUGAGACCAAAAAAGGAGGAAAGGAAGCAGCAGCGAGGUCUUUGUUUUCUUUGUUUUCAGAGACUUUGAGUCGACGGGACGUUCAGGAGAUGGAGAUUUUUGUAAACCACCACCUCUGGGAAAGAGAGAAGAAGAAGAGUCUGUGGGAUCAGAUGUAAAUGUCAGUGAUUUAGAUCAGAGCUGACAGACGUCUCUCUCCACCCUGACAGUUCAUACAAACCAGAUGAAUGUUCUUUUUUAUACCAUAUUGGUAUCUGACAAACAAACAAAACAUUAAUGGAGCUCAGCAGGUGAUGGAGGACGGAUUUCUGAUCAAUCACUCCCUCAAAUUACUAAUUCAUUCACUCAGUGAACUCAACACGCCUUCAGUUUACUCAUUUGUGUAUUAAAAUGACUUAAUUGAUUCUCCUGAAUUAUUAAAAUGACUUAAUUUGCCCCCUGAAUUUUUAUGAACUGGCUGACGUGCAGGAUCUGUGGGGACGUAAAAGAUAAAUUCAAAGUUUAUUAAAUCCAAGAGUUCUCCUGUUGAUGAUUAAAUAAUUUGAGGGAAUCAUUUAUCAAACCUUCUGUCUCUCUCUCUCGUUACUGACUGAGCUCCGUGGUUAUAACAGGACUUUGUCAUGAACAGGUGAACCUGCCCAAACUGAAGCAACAGCUCACAGAACCAAGAGCGACAACUUAUUUUCACACUUAACCGGAUGUCCGGGCCCCAGAAAGGGUCAAAGGUCAUUCACUUCCAUUGUUUUCAUUCUGCGUUUUACCAAAUGAAAUCAGUUCAGUAAUUACACUCUUACAUUGUGUUUUCAAACAUGGUCGAAAGAAAAAAAAAAGAGCAAUAAUCAUCAAAGUUGUCAUGGUACAGAGAUUCUAGUGGUUUGUAGCUUUAGCUUAAUGUGUUAGCAUGCUAACAUUAGCUAAUUAGCACUAAACUACAACCACAAAGGAUGGGAGUCAGUUUUAUAAAUAUUCAGCAAUUACUGGACAAGUUAAAAAUUUGAGGAAAGGUGAAGAGAUUAGUGCAUCACAUCUGCACCAAAUAUCACGACAGUUAGUUGACGACUGCAUCUCUACAGCAAAAAAUGACCUUCGUCCAGCCAGACUAAAACUGAUUGUUCAUGUUACUUCAUUGUUAUUUGUUUUGUUAGCUUGCUAAACUAAAUUGACCAUGACUGGAUGCUGUGGUGACAUCUAGUCGAGCAGAUGGUAUUGGUUUCAGCUGAGAUAGAUGCCACAGGGAGCAGAGUAAGAACUUAUCAGAUGUGUAUUUCUGUGAACACUCGCUUUCAGACUUUACCACAGUCUGCAGCUGAACAGUCUGUUUUACCUCCCAGUGUUUUUCAGUGCUUUAUUCUGUGGCUGUUUCUUCUGUUUGAGCAUUCGCCAAACAACUGCACCGAUCUGAUGUUAACAGUAAAACACACAGGCAACAUUUUGAGGCAGCAGAGAUGAGCAACAUCGCCGGCAACAGCAAUAAAAAAGUUUUGGGGCAAAAUCCCUGUAAAUAAAACACUGAGCUGCUCGGAGUUAAAGCACUGAGGGGGAAUUCAAACAGCUGACGGAGUUGACUGUCCGUGUUGCCUCAACAUGUUGCUGUGCAGGUUUGGAAAGGUUUGGAAAAGUUUUGGAUAAAGUUUUUGGAUAAAAAAAGGUCUCGGAAGAUUAAAAAACUGUUGUUACUGACGCCUCAGCAUGUACUCACUGCCAAGACUCGUUUUUACAUAAGAAUACUGCUGGUUCUGCUCAUUUCAGCCCCAUGUUUCAAACACUGAACCACACACUCAUUAAAUAAACCAGAGCUGAUUACUCCUAGAAUUUACAAAUAUUAACGUCUCAGCUGACGGAAAAACAUUGAGAUGAUUUAAAGCCACGUCAUCAGAGUUUGAGCUGUGCCGGAGAAAAAGCAAACGUUCUCACCUUUUCUGUUACUGCUGAAACUGUGUUAUUAUGAUGUAACCCUCCUUAGUGGUGCAUUCAGGGAGGCUCCGACAUCUGAUGCUUGAUGCAAAAAACCUUUGAAUUAAUGAAAUAUAUCACCAAAACUCAAAGCCAGAACACAAACAAUAAGGAAACAUGGACAUGGUGCAUAAAUAGUAAACAGUUAAUGUGAAUUUGAUCAUUCCUGUUCCUCGAUGCACCGGCUGAGUGGGUUUUAAGACAGAGUUCCUGCAUGUGGCUGUUUUUAGACCCACAGGUGCAAAACAGGUGAAGAAUAACAACAUUAACACAACAACUUUACCACUAAAGUAAAGCUCAGACAGUUAAUUAUCGGGCAUUUCAGAUGAAAAUAACGUUUUUGUGCUGUUGUAAAUACGGCUGCAUGAUAUACUGAACUAAUUAUUUCAAACAUUUGUUCCUGCAUGAUGCCUAACACGUCCAAAUCACAGACAUUAAACCUCCACAAAAUCCUUAUUUUCAGUCACAAAAUGACCUGUUUUUCACAUGUGGACCUAAAAUCCAGAUGUUUCUGUCAGGUUUCAGUCUAGUUUGGAUUUUUCAGUGAAAAAGAAAAUCAGUUAAAUUUAUGAAUUGCCUCCAAAACUUUUAUUUUUGGACAUGGUGGUCUAUCUGUACGCUAAGGUUCAUUUACUGGCUCUUCCCAAGGCUUUGUACCUCAUAAUCUUGUUGUCAUAUCGGCCCUAAUAAUGACCUAAAUACUGAAGGGGGGUGCAAUAAGAAGAGAUUUCUGACAUGUGGUUGAAAGUCCUGGAAAAGACUGAACUUUAAGACUAAAGAGCAAAACACCAGUAUGGUCAGUGACCCCUUUAAAUCCAUUGGGAAAAGUUUUCUGAAAUAUUACAACAGAUAAAUGACCUGCAGGUCGUGUGACACUUGUUGUCCGUGACUAAACAAACUUUUUUUUUCAGCCGGUUUUAGUUUUAUCCGACACGCUCAGCUAGCUGGAUGCUCACUCCCGGCCACAGAUGAAGCAAUAAAGAAGCCUCGGUGAUCUGCAGUGAAGGGUUAGUGAAGUAUCCCUGUCUGCAGGCUCUGCACCAAAUGAUGCAACUUGAUUUCGCCAGCACUGAACAGCCGAGGGAGAGAAACCUGCUGUAAACCGUCACGCUGCAUCAGGCGUUUCCAAACCAGACGGAAACGUUUUGUUCAGAUUUAAUAAAAAAAGACCAGAAAGCAGCAGUUUGAUAUUGAUUCAUGCUUCAUGGAAAGGGAGGGGAGGGGGGAGGAGGAUGGGUGGUUCGUGCCACAGUCGGUGUUUGAAGAGGUUACAUCACCCUCUUUCAUCUCCGACCCGAAUCUCUCGACUGACUGGAUGUGUUUGAUAUUUAUCAGAGAUUAGUGUUGUUCUGGUCACUGGGAAGAAGCUGCCUGCAUGAAUCAGAGUCUAAAUUAAUGGGCCGUGUUCACAUGAGAACAGCGAAUCUGACCCUCAGCUCUCAGAGGCACAUUUGAUCGUUUCUCCGCUGUCUGCAUAGGAAGAAAUAACACUUAAAAAAGGUUGGAUCAUAACGAGAAAGUCAGUUCUGUGCCAUUGAAGAGGGUCUGAGUCUGGUCUCCUUGUGUAGUUUAAAGGGGUUUUAAAUAUUUGACCCUGUUAAAUAGAAACUGCAAAAACUUCACAUAACUGCUGACCAAGUUUUUAAACCAAAUGCUUUUCAGAUUGGUUUCUCUUUGCUGCAUUUAGACAAUUUAACACUGAAUUGACCAUAUUUUUAGACAGAACUUACCUCUCUGUGUGUCUAAGCAGUGACCAUCUCAUCUUUGAUGCCUUCAAGGGCCCUCUUGACUUCUGAGACGUCCCAGUCAGCCGUUGAAAUAUGUUGCUGGAUGUUUAAACCUAGAAAUCAAAGAAUAAAUCUACUUUAGGGGAAAAAAGGUUGUUCAAAAUUUAAAUAUUUCUGUUGAGUUUUCAGGCUUUUCUCGUAACUGCAUCACCACAAAAAGGCAAUAGGACUGAUAAAUAAAACUAUUAAGAAUACAGGAUUUUCCACAAAGUGAAGCAAACUGCCUGGAAGGAAGGGAGGUGGCUGUGAGAUGUGGUUGAAAGCUCAGGAAAAAGCCAGCGAGUGGAGCUAAAGCUGAGAUAAAACUGAAACCAUGAGUCAGUUCAUUAAAUUGUUUACUGACAGAACAAACAAACAUUCACUGGUUCCAGCUCCUGCUGCUUUUCUGUUUUAUUUUACUUUAAACUGAAAAAGUUCGGGUUUGUAUGUUUUAUACAUUGCCCUGGAAAAUGUGUCACAAUUUGCUGUCAUUUCACUGCCUAAAUUAUCAUUCACCUGAUGGAAAAAUAAUUGGUUGCAGUCCUAGUUUAACUCGUCGUCUAUUUUGGAAAACACCACCAAACAAACUGAGACAGAAAACUAAAUAAAAAAAAUAAAAAAUUUGUAAUCUUCUUGAAUUUUCCCUCAAAUAAGUUCUUGUCCAACUGCUUGUAUUUAGAUUUAACAUUUUGCUUCUUUUAUUGAAUGAAAAAAGUGUUUUGUGAGAAGCAUCUGUGCAGAAACUCUGGUCUUAAAAAGUUUUAAAUGAUACUCGGUCUGAGGAAACAGUCAUUGAAGAUGUAAAGAAAAGUUAACGAACCUGUUCGGUCCUUUAAAUGUCUCCAUGAGCAGCAGUAUUUUCACCUUCACACAACAGAAGUAUCAGCUCAGUAUUUUUGAGAGCAGAGGUCGUCCAGGUGUGGUCUGGUCCAAUAAAAAGACAGAAAUCUGAUUUAGAGGAAAGUCUACCUGGUGCUCAGGUAGACAGGCUGAAUGAGGAACAGGAAUCUCCACCUGUAACGAACAGAAACUGUCAAACGGGUGUUGAAACUUCAUUAAAAGAAGAAGCUGUUGAUUGAUGAUCUGAUUAAGUCGUCAGUGGUCCUUUAGGAAUGUUUUUACCGGGUGCUACCACAGGGGGCGCUGCAGAGAAUAACACACUACAGUUCAUUUUAUAAAAAGGGUUUUGUAUGAGGAUGCACUUGUAACCUUGAAAAUAAAUUUGUUUAUUCACUUCGUGGUUCUCGGUUCCUGUCCUCUAAACGUGCUCUCUGAGCGGGAACGGAGACGCUGUGGCAUCACCGAUGGACUCACAGCGCCACCCGCUGGGCCACAGCAGAACGACAAUGUAAUAAUGUCAAAAGAUAUUAUGUUUACCUUACUGCUAUUAAUUAACAAUGUGGAUGAUGGUGUAAAUAAAGGCUACUGUGGAAUAUUA